AUGCUCGAGCACAAGCCAGACACCGAGCAAAGCGAAAGGCAUAUAUUGACCAGCGUCGCCCAGCUCGAACAAACCGUAACAAAGCUCCAAACUGAGCUUGGCUACACUCCAGAGCAGAUCGGUGUCCUUCCACCUCACACAGUGAAGAUACGCGAGCUCGAGGCAGAUCUCUUGAGGGCCCAAGAAGAAAACGAGGAACUCUCGAGGCUCCUCGCAGAAAGCAGAGUGUCGACCGCCGUCAUGCGUCAGGACCCAUUGACGACGUACCCAGAUGGUCGGCGUUGUGACCGAGACUACAAGAGACGUAAGAUGGUGGGCCAUGCUGUGGAGGGGGUAUACAUCAGCCCCAGUGAAACUCCAGCCCAUAUGACGGAACCACUUUCGCGACCACCACCAUUGACAAUACCCCAGGCAGCCUUGAACCAUUACAGCAAUAUUCCCCCCAACGCCAAUCACCACAGUCCUGGGCUAAGCUUAUCAUUCACCCUGCAUGCACCCGCACUGUUCCAAAUGCCAAAUACACCAUCGGGUUCGAGUGCUACUUCAAGUCCCCCAUUCUCGCCUGUUCAAAUGCAAGCACCCAUACACCCCCCAAUGGACCAGCGUCCACAGCAACACAACUACACGCUCUCGAACUACACGCAACACCAUCCAAACCAAUGUCCCGGUAUAUCUGUCAAGGUGGAGGACAACCCCAGUUAUACUCCGGGAAACCACCAUUCCUCUCUACAGUACUCCUAUUCGCAUGGCCAUCCUCACGACCACACUAUGGAUUGGAACACGUACUUGGAUGGCCACAAUUACACAGAUAGCGUCUUUUGUUUUGUGUAG